AUGGGCCACCGGGAGCCCCCGCCGGCCCCGGCGCCCGCGGGCGGUUAUAUAAAGCGGUUAUGUAAGGGGCUCGGCUGGCGCGAGCACGUGGAGAGCCGCGGGGGCCCGGACGCCGGGCUCGCCCCCGCCGCUCGCAGGGCCCGCGACACCCACUCCCGCGCCGCCCGGGGCCCGAGGCAGCCCUGGCCCGGGGCGGGCCAGCCCCAGCCGGGGGCCUCGGGGGAGCGGGCCGCCCGGAAGUGGAGGGGCGCCGGCCAGGUCACCAUCCAGGGUCCCGCUCCUCCGCGUCCCAGGGCCGGACGGAGGGAUGAGGCAGGGGGAGCCCGGGCGGCGCCGUUGCUGCUCCCCCCGCCGCCCGCAGCCAUGGAAACGGGGAAGGAGGACGGCGCCCGCCGAGGUACACAAAGCCCCGAGCGGAAAAGGCGAAGCCCAGUGCCGCGGGCGCCCAGCGCGAAGCUGAGGCCGGCGGCGGCGGCCCAGGCCAUGGAUCCGGUGACGGCCGAGGCCCCGGGCGAGGCCUACCUAGCGCGGCGGCGGCCGGAGGGCGGCGGCGGCUCGUCCCGGCCGCGCUACAGCCUCUUGGCGGAGAUCGGGCGCGGCAGCUACGGCGUGGUUUACGAGGCAGUGGCCGGGCGCAGCGGGGCCCGGGUGGCGGUCAAGAAGAUCCGAUGCGACGCCCCCGAGAACGUGGAGCUGGCGCUGGCCGAAUUUUGGGCCCUGACCAGCCUCAAGCGGCGCCACCAGAACGUCGUGCAGUUUGAGGAGUGCGUCCUGCAGCGCAACGGGCUGGCCCAGCGCAUGAGCCACGGCAACAAGAGCUCGCAGCUCUACCUGCGCCUGGUGGAGACCUCGCUCAAAGGAGAAAGGAUCCUGGGUUAUGCUGAGGAGCCUUGCUAUCUCUGGUUUGUCAUGGAGUUCUGUGAAGGUGGAGACCUGAAUCAGUACGUCCUGUCCCGGAGGCCAGACCCAGCCACCAACAAAAGCUUCAUGCUACAGCUCACGAGCGCCAUUGCCUUCCUGCACAAAAACCACAUCGUGCACAGGGACCUAAAGCCAGACAACAUCCUCAUCACAGAGCGGUCUGGCACCCCCAUCCUCAAGGUGGCAGACUUUGGACUAAGCAAGGUCUGUGCUGGCUUGGCCCCCCGAGGCAAAGAGGGCAAUCAAGACAACAAAAAUGUGAAUGUGAAUAAAUACUGGCUGUCCUCAGCCUGCGGCUCAGACUUCUACAUGGCCCCUGAAGUCUGGGAGGGACACUACACAGCCAAGGCAGACAUCUUUGCCCUGGGCAUUAUCAUCUGGGCAAUGAUAGAAAGAAUCACUUUCAUUGACUCUGAGACCAAGAAGGAGCUCCUGGGGACUUAUAUCAAACAGGGGACCGAGAUCGUCCCUGUUGGUGAGGCGCUGCUAGAAAACCCAAAGAUGGAGUUGCACAUCCCCCAGAAACGCAGGACUUCCAUGUCUGAGGGGAUCAAGCAGCUCUUGAAAGAUAUGUUAGCUGCUAACCCACAGGACCGGCCUGAUGCCUUUGAACUUGAAACCAGAAUGGACCAGGUCACAUGUGCUGCUUAAAAUUCAGGGCAAAGCAUCUUGGGUGUUUUUUAAACUAGGUUGCUCCUCGGGACCCACAGUCUCAUCGUGCGCCACACGGAGGAUGGCAGAGGGUACAUACAGGUGGUGGCUUGGCUGGUUGUCGACCUCCCGACCGCUAGAGCUCCAGCAAUGUGAAGCUUUUGUUUGGGUUCCCCCACCCUUUAGCUUUGUUUAAUUUUUUUUUAUUUUACUUUUUUGUCUUUUUCUUUUCCUUCCCCUCCCCCCCCCCCGCCCCAAAUUUAAACAGUUAAGACAUCAGAGGACAGGAAGUUAUACUAUGGACAGGCACCAGUUUCUUUAAAGAAAUUCAAUAUGGACAAAGCCUAUGUAUAAAUUUCAUUUUUAAUUUUUAUAAGGGGCUAGGGAGCGAUUUUGUUUUUGUCCUUUAUGUUCCCUGUCUUCUUUCUUUUACCCAUCUCAGUCUUCUUAUAACACCUCACUUCCCCAGAGAAGGCCUGCCUCUCCAUGAGAAUUUGGGGAUUUCUCCUGGAAUGGGGGGCAUGAAGACACAAAGAGGCUGGGCCACCUCCCACCAGAUGCAGGAACUGCUGGACUCUGGUGAGCUGCUCCUGAUCAGCUCCUGGGCCUUGGAAAUGAUCAAAGGCAAAGAACCGCCUGGAAGAGGAAGAAGACCAGUGCUGCUGGUCUCAAGAAAGAAGGGUUUGUUCUCUUUAAGCUGUUGGAGGCCCAGGGCCGCAUCAGGACUUACAGUAGUGGGAAUCGGUUCCCUCUUCUGCCCUUUGCACCUGGGAGCUCCGUGGCGGGAGGGACAGAAGGGGGCCAUCUCCGACUCCCUGGUGGCUGAGCACUGCCCUGCCCAGCUCUGCAGGCCUACCUUUCUGUUAGUGAGUGAUCUUCCUCCCAGAGGAAUAUCCCCAGGAACAAACUGUCGUGCCAAACCUCUGCCUGGGACACAGCUUGGUCUUCAGCAGGCACCUGUCACUCAUGUGCGGUCCUCACCUGUCACCUAUUGCCUCUUGGAUCAUCUUCCCAGAUGUGCCCACCAAGUGUCCAGGGUGUCACAGAGACUGCCUGAGUCCCCGGGGUCCACUUGUGACCAUUGCCACAAGGACCGGGUGUCCUGAACUGGCUGCCACCAUCGUCUUCUCACAGUGAAGGGGGUGUGCUGUGCCGGGGCCCUUGGUGUCGCAUGGUGACGUGUCAAGCGCCAUCUCCCUCAACCCGGGACUUCUGUUAGGUGCUCGCCCUCGGUGUAAACGUGUCUGAUGGGACACAAGCAGCGGGCUCGUCACCAUAAAGCUUCCCAGCCGUGACCCUGCAGCGGCGCCGCCCGUCUGUAGUGUUCUCCGUGCUCUACCGAUGCUCUUGCCGCCCUCAUGGGCUUCUGCGCCGGGGCGUUCGCUCCCCGGUGACGAGAAGGAAUCACUCCUGUGUUGUCCCUUUUCCCUGGAGCUACUUUGGGUGCUGUCAAGGCUUUUCACUCCCCUAGGGCCAAAUUGGAAAGGGUCUUUGAGGAAGGGAAAGACUCUUUCAGUUGUGAUUAUUUCUGGUGUUUUUUGUUUUCUCUCAACCAGCAUAGGAUCCAUAGGGGCGGUAGUUGAGGGCAUUUAAGGUGGUGUGUGACCAACGGGGCGCCCCCCAAGGCAGCAGUCCCCCAGCCCUGAGAGUGGGAGAGGCCAGCGGGCCUCAGAGUGACCUGGGCAAGAUGUCUGUGCACACGCUCUAGCCUUUGCUCUGGAGCCUCAGACCCAAGCUUGCUUCCUCCCCUGGGCAGACAGCAGCUGUGCAGCAGGGCCCAGUGAGGCUGCAGCCCUGACCAGCCUCCUUCCUUACUAGAAGCCUCUGCUGUCCCCUGUCUCCUACUCAACCACCUCCCAAGUGCAGUCUCUGUGGCAUCUGGGAGAGCAGCACCCCUAAUUGCAGUGUGCACGGCCCCACCAUCCUGCCUUCCCUUGAGAGCAGCGCAUCUCUGUACAUGAACAAAUGGGAAAAACAGUCCCCAAACUCAACACCCCCCAUUCUCCCUGGCUGCCACCCACACUGUAAAGUCCCCAGUGAGGGGACUUUACCCUUUGCUUAUCCUUCCCUUUGCCCGCUACAGGUCUCUUAGCUGUUGAGCUGCCCUGCUGCCCCUUGUUCUUGACAUCAGAUAUCCCCUAUAGGUCACAAGAUGCCCGUAUUUGGGGGGAGGUGGCGCCUGGGAGGGGUAGCCAGCUUCUGCACACCUUAGCUGGCAGGCUUCUCCCUGCUGGUUCUUGCUGGUGGGGGAACCUCCUGCCCCGGCUCACGAGGGUCAGCUCAUAUCCCCAAGUGCCUGCCUUUCCUCCCUUCCUCGCCUCCCCAGUUCACCCCUCUUGGCCCACUUCAGGCCCCCAGCCAGCAGGUGGGAGUCAGCCCUAAGGACAGCGACUCUGCCAUGGUCAGCAGACUGGGCUUGGGCCCCAGCGGCUCCUGUGUGAUUUGCGGAGCCACUGUCCACCUGUAGCCAUCGCGGGUCAGCUCCCAGCCUUUCCUUCUUCCUCUCCACCUGGGUCGCACAUCAUCCCAGCACCACCAAGUUCGUCGGGCCUGUCUGAGUUUUGGGGGUUUCCAGACCUCAAGAUAGCAGUUACUCUUUUCUUGGGUCCAUGAAAAGAAGAGCCUGUUGGAGGAAGUUUCUGGGCCUUGGCCCUUGUUCCCCCUCAGUGAGAGAAAUCAGCAAGACAGAUCAUAGUGCCUUAUUUCUUUGUCCCUGUGACCAGGCCUCUGGUGCAGUUGGAAGUGUGUGGCUCCUUCCUUCUCCCUGUGUGUCCAUCUGUCACUUCAGCUCCCACUCCGAGUUAGCCAUGUGGAGGACUAGCCCCCCGCCUUUGCCCUCCCCCACCCUUUUUGAGGGUUGUAACCAGGCAUCUGUCUCCCCACCCACCCCCAGGGCACUUACUAGCAGCUUUAGCUGAGGACAGAAAAACUGCUUCAGACAUGGGCGCACUCUCUGCCUCUUACCUCUAGCCAGGAGGAUGCUGCAGUCUGUUCAUUCAAGGCUGGCUCCAUCAGGCCCUCUUCUGGGCUCCGGGGACUGAGGUCGCAGGCCUUAGCCUCGUCUCAUCCCAGAGGCAUUGGGACAGGAGAGUGGGAACUCUCCUCCCACCCAGACGUGGUUUGCCCCAUGGCUGCCUUUCUGAGGGAGUGUAUUAAAUGUUUACUUAAGAAAUACCCUGUUUACAGCUGGAGGAGAAACGUGCCCAACACGCGAGGAGAUCUGACGCUGCACAGGGCCUGCCUCCUUCGUGGCACUAUGAAGGCCAAGGUGCCAGGGCUGGGCACGCGCCUGCACUCCCUCUGCUCCCUGACCCUGCGGUGCUAAGACCACUCGCCACCUUCCUCACAGCCUCCUCACCCUGGACAUUCCCCGCUCUCAUUCCUUCCCCCAGAUGCCCACCCAGCUCCUUAACAAAUCACUUAUCUCCUAGAAAACCAGUGUUUGGAGCAAUAAGAUUAUUUUUGCUGGAGUCUUUUUCUAAGAAAAGGAAAAGAGCUGGCAUCGUGGAAUCUUCUGUUGAUGCUAUUGGCUGUUUACCUUUUUAGAAGACAUCUUAAUAGGAUGAGUGUCUGGGUUUCAGCCUCAGGGUACUUAGGGAAGUUUGGAAAAGCAGGAGUUAGCUCCCCAUCCCCAGGGAGGGGACCCUAACUCUACCCUCAUUUUGCUCCAUCCUACCUGGGCUUCCACCCAUGCCCCCCAACCCCCAGCUCCUGCUCUGCCCCCCUCGCACGCCUGGGAGCACAGGUGGUUUAACUCUUAAGUGGGGCUCUUGGGUUAUUGCCUGCUUGACACCAUUUCUCUUCUAGGCCUGUCUGGUGGCCCCAGAGAGAUGCAGCUGCUGGAGUCUCCUAGAAACUGGCCAAGCUCACACUAUUCCACUCUCUGGGCUCCCAGGCUUGGGGCUGAGACCCAAAGACACUGGGCUUGAAUCACCCCCACCCCACCCCCACACACACACUAAGCGGAGGCGUGGCCUUCGGGACAGUGCUGGCCGGCUCUGGCUCCCUGCUGGAGCUGGGAGGGCAGAGAGCUCCUGCCUGGAGAGCUGCCCUCAGAGGGAAACCAGCAGGUGUGACGUGAAGUGGGCUGGCAUGUGCCUCGCAGCCACCCUCCAGAGAUGACUCACUCCACUGCCGCUGCUUGCCCAAGCCCCCCAAGACUGCAGGGGUUUACAGAAAGGAGGCCUUAACCUCCUGUGGAGAAACCACAGGAGGAAGGGAGGUUAUUUAGGGACAUUUUAAAUCUUAUGUGCCCCAGGGGCCUCUUUCCACCUAAGCAAGGGAGUACUUGCAGUGAUUUAGCAAUCUUGGGGGGCCGACUUGGGUGUGAGGAGGUUUUAACCCAGGCACAAAGUUAGUUUCAAAUACUAGUUAAUAAAUCUAUUUUUCUUUAUUUUCUUUUUUGCACAGAAGCUGGUAAUCUAGGACCUACGUGUGAACAACUUUAUAUGACUAUUUUUUGUACUUGGUUUACUUGGGUUGGUAUGAUACAUUCUAUUUAAGUUCCUUGAACACUGUGGAUCCCUAUUGUGUAUGAAUGACUGCGGCUUUGUAAAUUAAGGGACGUUUGUGUGAAUAAAGUUAUUUGAUGGGGUCAAAGAAGCCAUAACUCAUUUGAAAACGAGUGCUUUGUGGUUUUGUCACC